CUGUGAAAUGCCACAAGUCCAAUCUUGAAAUCCAUAACAAUCGUCACCCCUCCCUCGCCACAACUCCUUGACCCAAAAGCAACCAAGGUGAACGAUGCAUUUGCGAGACGUCGACGGCGGCGGAACCGCCUACCAAGAGAACGGCCGUGCUGACGGCUCAGACUGCUUGGCCAACGGUGCCGUCAACCCUUCCUCAACGAGAACCAUUGUCGUGACGCCCCGGACCGAGGCCGGUGGUGUUAGCGACUUUAGAGACGAACUACUCCUUGCAUGGCUGCUCGUCCUGUACCGCAACAACGAUGACGGCCUCGGCCACGUAAAUUGGGGAUAUAGAACGCGGGAGGGUCAGCAACCGUCGUCCGCGACUCACAAAAGCUUGAGCCUGAGCGAGGCGCCGUUCAAGAAUAGCGAAUCGAUAUCCGAGGCUUUGGAGGUCAUCAAGGGCCUUGGUGAGAGGAAGCUGGACAGUGACACGCAAAUAAUACCGGUGAUAUACUUCAACAAUGGAGCACCUGCCUCUCAAGACCGCCUUGGAAAGACGCCCUCCAAGAGGUCGCACGACUGGACAUAUCAGGCCGAGGCGACAAUAAACGGAAAGCAGAUGGUGGUGAAUGCCCAAUGGGACCGUGCCGCUAUUUCAUAUCGCCAUGCCAUCUCCCAGCUCGAGUCCUUCGUGGAGAUUCUCACCACAAUUCUCGAAACCCCAUACCGCCAAAUCGGAGACACGAUCGGUCCCACCGCCAAAGACCUCGAGCAGCUGUGGACGUGGAACGCCGAGCUCCCGGAGAACGUGCAGAGAACUAUGCAAGACAUCAUCGCCGAGGUAGCCAGCAACGGCCCCGACCGGUCGGCUGUCGAGUCCUGGGAUGGGAACUUCACCUACGGCGAUGUGGAGCGUCUCUCGACCCGUCUCGCGCGCCAUCUUGUGCACCGUGGCGUCAAGGUCGGCUCGACGGUGCCCAUGUGCUUCGAGAAGUCGCGGUGGACAACUGUGGCUCUCUUGGCCGUCAUGAAGGCCGGCGCCGCCUUCGCGCUCACCGACCCCAGCCAACCCGAGGCCCGUCUGCGCACCAUCGUCGAACAGACUGGUGCUACUAUCAUCGUAACCUCCCAGAAGCAGAGCGAGCUCGGUAGGCGCAUUGCUCCUGACGGAGUGCUCAUCAUCGCCUCUGACGACACACUCACCCAAGAUACCCUCGAACUCGCACCUGAGCUGCCCUACAUCCCACCAUCAUCUCCCCUGUACAUCCAGUUCACAUCCGGGAGCACAGGAAAGCCCAAGGGUGUGAUGAUAUCCCACGAAAACUUUACCAGCGGUGCCAUUCCACGUGGCUGGGCCGUCGGCUACCGCGCGCACUCCCGCUGCUUCGAUUUCGCGUCGUAUGCCUUCGACGUUGCCAUUGACUGCAUGCUCUGCACCCUCGCCGCGGGUGGCUGCCUCUGUAUUCCCUCGGACGAGGACCGUAUGAAUGAUCUGAGUGGUGCCAUCCGCAACUCCAAGUGCAACAUGGCGCACAUGACCCCCUCAGUCGCCCGUGUCCUAGACCCGGACGUCAUCCCUUCUCUCGAAGUCCUCGGCCUCGGCGGCGAGGCCGUCUCCGCGGGCGACGCCUCGACAUGGAGCAAGACGACGAGCGUGAUCAUUGCCUACGGACCAUCAGAGUGCACCGUCGGUUGCACCAUCAACAGCAACGUCAGCAGCAGCUCGACCAACAUCGGCAAGGGUUGCGGCGGUCUCACCUGGAUCGUCGAUCCGGAUGACCAUGAGCGUCUGAUGCCCGUGGGCGCCGUUGGCGAGCUUCUCAUUGAGGGACCCGUCGUCGGUCUGGGAUACCUGAACGACAAGGCCAAGACCGACGAGGUCUUCAUCGAGGACCCCGCCUGGCUCCUUGCAGGCGGCGGCCCUGCCCGCGGCAGACACGGUCGUCUCUACAAGACUGGCGACCUGGUCCGCUACGAUCCGGACGGCACGGGGUCCAUCGCCUUCGUCGGUCGCAAGGACCAGCAGGUUAAGCUCCGAGGCCAGAGAAUCGAGCUAGCCGAGGUCGAGCACCACCUCAGGGACAAGAUGCCCACCGGCGUCAAGAUUGUGGCUGAAGUCAUCAAGCCUGGCGGUAGCGAGCCCACUCUCGUCGCCUUUGUCGUCGAGCAGAAGCCUGUCGACAGCCCCGAGUCGGAAGGCGGCGUCACCAUCUUCUCGCCCGAGUUCAGUCAGGCCAUCGCCGAGAUCGACAUUACGCUGGGUGCCGAGAUCCCCCGCUAUAUGGUCCCCUCGGCCUACAUCCCCCUGCGCAAGAUGCCUUCCUUGGUCUCCGGCAAAAUUGACCGCAAGCGUCUGCGCGAGCUCGGAGGCUCCAUGUCCCGUGAGCAGGUCGCCCGCCUACGCGUGGCUCCUGCCGAGAAGAACGAGCCGGAGACGGAGAUGGAGAAGGCGUUGCAGCAGGUCUGGGCCAAGAUUCUUGGCGGCGAGGCCAGCAUCGGUCUUUACGACAGCUUCUUCGCCCUCGGCGGCGACUCCCUUCGCGCGAUGAAGCUCGUCGCGGCGGCCAGAGAGGAAGGCGUCGCCCUCACCGUAGCAAGCAUCUUCAGCUCCCCCACGCUCAAGGGGAUGGCCCAAAAUGCGACCAAGGUGUCCAAAGAUGCCGAGGCCCCUGUCGCCCCCUUUUCCCUUCUCGAAGAGGGAUGGAAUCCCGAGGAGGCCCGCGCGGAAUCUGCGAAGCUUUGCGGCAUCGACGAGUCUGCGAUCGAGGAUAUCUACCCCUGCACGCCCCUUCAGGAGGGUCUGAUGGCCCUUUCUGCCAAGGUCAAGGAGGCGUACGUGGCACAAAGAGUCGUUGAGCUCGCCGACCCCGAGACGGCAGACAGGCUUCGUAACGCCUUCGACGUCGCUGCCGUAGACUGCGCCAUCCUUCGCACCAGGAUUGUUCAGGUCCCUCGCCGCGGCCUCGCCCAGGUCGUGGUCAAGGAGGACAUUGCCUGGCACGUUGGUGAUGACCUCCAGGGCUACCUCGUGAAGGACCGCGAGGAGGGUAUGGACCUUGGCAGGCCUCUGGUUCGGUACGCGCUCAUCGCCGAGAAGGAGACGGGCAAGGUGCAGUUCGUACUGACAAUGCACCACGCCCUCUACGACGGCUGGUGCAUGCCCCUCGUCGUCGACAAGGUCAACAGGGCCUUCGACGGCGUUAGAGUCCAGCGCCCCGCAGAGUUCAAAAACUUCAUCAAGUACCUCGGUAGCAUGGACCGCGGCGCCGCCGAGACGUACUGGCGCGAUCAGCUUCAGGGUGCCAACGGACCUCAGUUUCCCGCCCUGCCGUACGAGGGUUACCAGACGCAGGCCGACUCUCUCUUGGAGGUUUACGUGCCAUUGAGCGGCCGGCCGGCGUCCAACACCACCGUCGCGACAGUAAUCCGAGGUGCGUGGGCGUACGUCGCGUCUCACUACUCGUCGUCGAACGACGUUAUCUUUGGCGAAACACUCACCGGACGUAACGCCCCCAUCAGAGGCGCCGAGGAGAUCGAGGGUCCCAUGAUCACGACCGUGCCCUUCCGUCUUCAGAUCAACCGGGAGACUACUGUCAGCGACUACCUCCAAGACAUCCAGGAUAAGACUAUCCAGCAGAUCCCCUACGAGCACACCGGUCUCCAGCACAUUCGUCGUCUAAGCCCUGAUGCCCUUGAGGCAUGCGAGCUGAGGACAGGCCUUGUCCUCCACCCAAGCGCCGAUGACUUCGACCAGGAGGAGUUCAACAAGUACCCCGCAAACCGCCUGGUCCCCGCCGGCGACGCAGAGGCCGCGGAGGAAGCCCUUAAGUUCAACACCUACGCCCUCAUGCUCGUGUGCUCCACGGAUCCCAAGGGAUUCCUCGUUAUGGCCUCAUUCGACUCAAAGACUGUCCAGAAGCCGCUGAUGGAGAAGGCUUUGGCUCAGUUCUCGCAGGUUGCCCAGAAGCUCUGCCAGCUUACUGACACGCCGCUUGGCGAUGUUGCAUACCUAACGCAGGAGGAUCAGGCCGAGGUGUCUCGCUUGAGCACCGAGAGCGCGAAGAACGUUCAAGAGGAGUAUCCGGAGGCCGAGAGCGUGUGGAUCGUCAAUCCGGCCGACUCUGGACGUCUAGCCCCGCUGGGGGUUGUCGGUGAGCUUGUGGUGGCUAGCAAGGCGGACUUGUCUUUAUCUGCUUUGGAGCAGCAGCCCUCGUGGGCGGAGGGCAAGGAGGCUGUCAAGUUCUACAAGACGGAUCGUUUGGCAAAGUUCAACCAAGAUGGAUCCGUUCAAAUCACCGGCAAGAAGAGCGAUCUGGUCCAGAAGUCUACCGCCUCCAGCAAGCCCCCUAUGAAGCGCAUCUCGGCCACGUCCGCCAAGCAGCGCCGCCUACGGAUUCUCUGGAGCCACGUCCUUAAGCUUCCCGAGAGUGACAUCGGUCUCAACGACAGCUUCUUCCGCCUUGGUGGCGACUCGAUCGGCGCUAUGAAGCUCGUCUCCGAGGCCCGCCUGGCCGGUCUCACGCUCACCGUCAACCAAGUCUUCUCCAAAAGAACGCUGUACGACAUGGCCAGUGUCUUGCAGGACUCAGAGCCUACGCAAGACUCCCAAGACAGUGCGACAGCGCUGGUUCCUUUCGAGCUUCUUGACAACAUUGGCGAUGCCCCGGCAGAGAUCCUGCGGCCCCUGUUGGCCGACCCAGCGUGGAAGAUCGUCGACGCGUUCCCCGCCAGACCGCUGCAAGAGGUCGCCGUCAAGGGAACCAUCGAGAUCCCCCGUUUCUCGGCGCGCUACGAGGCCAUGUACUUUGAGAGUGACGUUGACCGCCCUCGCCUCUUCCAGAGCUGUCAAGAGCUGGUCAACCUCAACGAGGUCCUUCGGUCCGUCUUCGUGCAACACAACGGCACGUGUCUCAGCGUCGUCCUCGAGGACGUCAAGACGCCCGUUGUGGAGCACGAGAUCGACGGCGAUGUCGAGGCCUUUGUCAAGGACCUCUGCAACCUCGACGUGCGGACGCGCAUGCCUCUCGGCUCCGUCUUUGUCAAGUGGUUCUUCGUGCACAGCAGCAGUGGCCAGUCGGCGCUCGUCUUCCGCGUCUCGCACGCGCAGUACGACGAGAUUUGCCUGCCCAUCAUGCUGCACCAGCUAUCUGCCCUGCACGAAGGCAAGCCCGUGCCCAAGUCGCUCCCCUUUUCCUCCUUCGUCGGCCACGUCAUCAAGAACAACGUCCCGCAGAGCGUCAAAUACUGGAGGGAGCUCCUCGAGGGGUCCUCAAUCAACGUGCUGAAGCCCGAGACCCCCGUCACGGAGAGGCAGCACCACGCCAUCGAGCGGACGUUCGACAUUUCGUCCCGCUCCAAGGACGUGACCAUCGCCACGCUCCCGACGGCGGCGUGGGCGCUGACGCUCGCGCGCAUGCAGAAGACGCGGGACGUGACGUUCGGCGAGGUCGUCAGCGGGCGCAACAUCGACUUCCCCAACGCCGACAUGGUCGUCGGGCCCUGCUGGCAGUACGUGCCGGUGCGGGUCAAGUUCGAGGACGGCUGGACGGUGCUGGACCUGCUCAACCUCGUGCAGAACCAGCACAUCGCCAGCUCGGCGCACGAGGGCGUCGGGCUGCCGGAGAUCAAGAAGCUCUGCGCGCCGCACUGGCCGGAGGAGACGGACUGGUUCGACACGGUGGUGCACCAGGACGUCGAGCACGUCGAGAGCCUCGGGUUCGAGACGGCGAGCAGCAGGAUGGAGACCAUCUACCCGCACCAGGAGCCGCUGCGCGAGUGGAAGAUCCAAGCGUUCCCGCAGGGCGACAAGUUGACGAUUGAGAUUGUCACGUUCGAGUCGUGGAAGGGACACGCCAAGGACCUGCUGGACGAGAUCGAAACGACCUUCAAGGUCCUACUGGGCAACCCCAGGGCGUUGUUAUUUGAGCAAUGAGGGCGAUGAGGUGGAUGUUAAAUACUGCGCCUGGGCUGCAUGGGAGGGGGGUUUGCAUGUGUUUCCUUUAUUGUUGACGGAGAGGCGAGUAAGUGUCUUAUCUAGAAGA